AGAUCAUCUGAGAAGAUGCCACCCUGAUAAAACAGAGAAAGAUUUGAAAUAAUUUCAAACACUCAAAGAUAAAUUUCAGAAGAGACCUACACUGGACAGAAUGUUCGCUCCGACGUCACAAAUAAAUGAUGAUGGUUUGCGGGCGUCUUACAAUAGCUCGUUACUUAUAACAAAAUCCGGAAAACCGCAUACUAUCGGAGAGAAGUUAAUUUUGCCAGCCGUUGAAGAGGUUUUAAAAACUGUUUUACACAAACCUGCAUCUGAUAUCAUUAAAAGAAUUCCCUUAAGCAACAAUACUGUUGAAAGACGUAUUGAUGAAAUGAGUUCUGAUAUUGAAAGCUUCUUAUGUAAUUAUUUGCAAACGACCCAUCUGUCUAUACAACUGGACGAGUCAACUUUACCUGAUAAUGCAGCAUUAUUAUUGGCAUAUUUUCGUUUCAUUAUGAAUCAACAAAUCUACGAAGAACUGCUCUUCGCAAGAACUUUGAUAACCGACACUAAAGAUUCUGAAUCUAGGUUUGAGGAUAUUUUGACUAUGGUAAUACCACCGUGGAUAAUUAAUCCAUAUGGUGACAUAGAAGAAACGAAUGUCAUAAUACAAGAGGAACUGACUGAACUAAGUACAAACGAAGAACUUCAGGUUCAGUUUAAAAACGGAUAUCAGCAAUUCUGGCUGCAAAACGACAUACCCGUUACUUAUCCCGCGGCAGACACGUCGUUAGCGGUAACGCGAGAUAGCUUUCCGAAGUUGCAUCGCCCGGAAAAUUUCCAGCUUCAACUUCAGAAACAAAAGAUAAACACGGUACGAAGAUACUUGGCAAGCGGCAACACCUUUACUGACAUCCACUACACCUACAGAUUCGGUAUUUCAACUAUUAGUGGUAUUGUAGAGUUAGUAUGCGACGAAAUUUGGAGAAUAAUAAAAAGAAUUGUAUGCCGGAACUAUCCCGACAAAAGUGGCAAGACAUUGCAUUUGAUUUUGAAAAAUAGCGCAGUAAUUGUGGAUUACAUUUCAAUGGCUCUAGAUAAACAACAAAUAGCUGCAGAUGUUUUCAUUGACUUAGAAAAAGCUUUUGACGUAGUAAGCAUAGACAUUCUUUUGGAUAAAUUGUUUAAAAUGGGAUUUAGAGUUGUUUCGUACAGCUUGAUUGAGUCUUAUUUAUAUGACAGGAAACACUACAUAAAGCUUUUAGACAUUGAUAGUGAAUGGCUAUCUAGCACCUACGGAGUACCACAGGGGUCAGUUCUUGGACCUCCGUUAUACAGUCUUUAUGUACUGAAUCUCAAGCUGGCGAAUCUAAGCGGAAGAUAUUCUACCUUUGCAGAUACACUCUACUGGUAUAUACUGGAACAGACGAAAUUGGCUUAA